AUGGUGGCCGCACGCCGAAGCGGCUGCGGUGCGCACAUGUUCCCCCAGACAACUGAGUUCGGCGUCACCGUGGAAGAGGCUCGGGAGUUGCACAAGAGACAGAAAGCGUAUAACGAUGGAAAGCAGACCGCUUUCCAGGACGCCGCCACCCAGGAUGGUGGCAUCUGGGAUGGCGGCGCUCCUGACAACCGCAUCUAA